AUGGGGGCUCGUUGCUCUAAAUUCUCUUUCUGUUGGUUCCACUCUCACCUCAAUCCUUCUGUUCUUGAUUCAUCUGACCAAGAAAAUGGUGGCAAGAGUGAAAAGAAUUUGUGGCCUAGUUUUAGUGAGUACAGUUUGGAAGAAUUGAAGGCUGCUACAGAUGGAUUCUCCUCAGACAACAUAGUCUCUGAGCAUGGUGAGAAAGCUCCAAAUGUUGUCUAUAAAGGGAAACUUGAGAAUGGACAGUUUAUCGCCAUCAAACGUUUCAACAAGUUCGCUUGGCCCGAUUCUCGCCAGUUCAUUGAAGAAUCUAAACAAGUGGGGAGUCUUAGAAGUGAACGUUUGGCGAAUUUGAUUGGUUGUUGCUAUGAAGGGGAUGAGAGGCUACUAGUGGCAGAGUUUAUGCCACAUGAAACUCUUGCUAAGCAUCUCUUUCAUUGGGAGGCACAGCCCAUGAAAUGGGCAAUGAGGUUGAGGGUGGCAUACUAUUUAGCUCAAGCUCUUGAGUAUUGCACAAGUAAAGGAAGGGGUUUGUAUCAUGAUCUCAAUGCCUACAGGAUCUUGUUUGAUCAGGAUGGUAAUCCCAGGUUAUCUUGCUUUGGACUUAUGAAGAACAGCAGAGAUGGCAAGAGUUACAGUACAAACUUGGCUUUCACGCCUCCUGAGUACUUGAGAACAGGUAGAGUGACAGCAGAGAGUGUGGUUUACAGUUUUGGAACUCUGUUGCUUGAUCUCUUGAGUGGUAAACAUAUUCCACCAAGCCAUGCACUAGACCUUAUUCGUGGCAAAAACUAUUUGAUGUUGAUGGAUUCUGCAUUAGAGGGUCAUUUUUCAAAGGAUGAUGGAACUGAGUUAGUUCGUUUGGCUUCUCGUUGUCUACAAUAUGAAGCUCGCGAGAGACCAAAUGCAAAGUCUCUUGUUGAAACUCUAAUGUCUCUUCAGAAAGAAAUCGAGGUUCCAUCACAUGUUCUGAUGGGUCUCCAAACAGCAACAUCAACAAAACCAUUGUCAUUGACAUCUUUUGGUGAAUCAUGCUUGAGAUUGGAUCUUACUGCCAUACAUGCAAUAUUAGAGAAGACUGGUUACAAGGACGAUGAAGGAAUUGCCAAUGAGCUUUCCUUUCAGUUGUGGACUAGUCAAAUGCAAGAGACCUUGAAUUUGAAGAAGCAUGGAGAUGCUGCUUUUAGAGCUAAGGACUUCGUCACCUCCAUUGACUGCUACACACAAUUCAUAGAUGGAGGGACCAUGGUGUCACCUACAGUGUAUGCAAGGCGCUGCUUGUCAUAUUUGAUGAAUGACAUGCCACAGGAAGCUCUGGGGGAUGCUAUGCAAGCUCAAGUGGUAUCUCCUGAAUGGCCUACUGCUUUGUAUCUUCAAGCAACUUGCCUUUUCAGCCUUGGAAUGGAAAAUGAUGCACAGGAGACUCUCAAAGAUGGGACUAACAUGGAAGCUAAAAAGCACAAAAACUGA